GUGGACUUCAGACGUGCCUGCCUGUGAGCUGUGACCGUCAGGACACCCCGCUCGCUCGGUCCCGCCUGCUGCCCCGACACGCGCCGGCAUGACGGGCUCACUGUUCAAGGGAAACUUUUGGAGCUCUGACAUCCUCAGCACCGUGGGCUAUGACAGCAUCAUCCAGCAUCUGAACAAUGGCCGAAAAACCUGCAAAGAGUUUGAAGACUUUUUAAAAGAAAGGGCAUCGAUUGAAGAGAAAUAUGGUAAAGAUCUGCUCAGCCUCUCCAAGAAGAAGCCCUGUGGACAAUCUGAGAUCAAGCAUAUAUUUGAUCUUAAUUAUUGUCUUAAAUUUUUUUUUGCAGAAAUAGACAAUGUGGCUCAAUGUCACAUUCACCUUGCACAAACUCUAAGAGAAGAGGCCAGGAAAAUGGAAGAAUUCAGGGAAAAGCAAAAGCUACAACAGAAAAAGACAGAACUCAUAAUGGAUGCUGCUCAUAAACAAAGAAACUUACAGUUCAAGAAAACUAUGGAUGCAAAGAAGGUUUAUGAACAGAAAUGCCGGGACAAAGAUGAGGCUGAGCAAGCUGUGCACCGGAGUGCCAAUGCAGUAAACCCAAAACAACAAGAAAAGCUUUUUGUGAAACUGGCGACUUCAAAGACUGCAGUGGAAGACUCAGACAAAGCGUACAUGCAGCACAUCAACACACUGGACAAGAUCCGAGAAGACUGGCAGAGCGAGCACAUCAAGGCCUGUGAGGUGUUUGAAGCUCAAGAAUGUGAACGAAUUAACUUCUUCCGGAAUACAUUGUGGUUACAUGUGAAUCAGCUGUCAAAACAGUGUGUCACAAGCGAUGAGGUGACCCUGAUUAUUCUUUGGUCGAUGACUACAGUUUGCUCUAUCAGUAACAUCAAUGGUAAGAACUUUGAACUUUCACAUAAUCAAGUUGAACUUAUGGUCAUAUUUCUGAAGCCUUAG